AUGGCUGCUUCUGGAGGUCCCAUCGUGGAUCUCUGUGAGGAAGCCACUUGCCCCAUCUGCCUGGAGUAUUUCAGGGAUCCAGUGAUCAUCCCGGAGUGCGGGCACAACUUCUGCCGAUCCUGCCUGAUCCUAUAUUGGGGAAAAUCCGAGGGAGAGGCUUCCUGCCCUCAGUGCAGGAAAACAGUGGAGCAAGGCAGCAUCAGGCCAAACCAGCAGCUGGCAAAUUUUGUGGAAAUAACCCAGAAAUUCAGCCUUCUGGGCAGAAAAGAGGAGGCAGAAGGAAAGGGGAGAGUUUGUGAGAAGCACCAGGAGCCCCUGAAGCUCUUCUGCAAGGAGGAUGAAAGCCCCAUCUGUGUCGUGUGUGACAGAUCCAAGGAGCACAAAAGCCACGAGGUGGUUCCUCUAGAGGAGGCGUCCCUGGAGUACAAGGUAGGAAAACACUCUGGAUCAGUGGCGUAGCAUUCCUUGCUGGUGCCUGCAGCAUGCCGAACCCCAUGGGGACAAGUUGUGCCAGUGGAGCGACCCCCAGUAACUGGGGCUAAGGGGGGGGGGCAUUGCGCCGCCUGCUCGGCCAUGUAGUGGGGAACUUGGCCAACCAACGUGGCUGAUGCUGCCUUGCUUUGAGGGGUGCAAGUCUCACAGUGCACUGCGAGCCUAACACCACUUUCUGAGAUUUGCAAUAGCUGUGUGCGGCUGGCAGGGUACCAGCCUGUUAGUCCUUCAGAUGGAAGACGUUGCGCGAAGGACGCAACAGCUCACAAGAGGCGCCCCCCAGGCUGGCCCAUGCUACGCCUCUGCUCUGGAUUUGCUUGGGGGAUGGAAUAGCUGUAGACAAGCCAGGCUUGCAAGAUCAUAGAGUUGGAAGGGACCCAAGGGUCAUCUAGUCCAACCCCCUGCAAGGCAGGAAUGAUGCCAAGGUACUCUUGAAAUAAUGUCUUCUCCCCACCCCCUCUGGCAGGAGCCUUUGUGCAGCCUUGUGAAACUUCUGAAAACACUGUUAAUAAACAUUUCAUCAUAUUUCAAGGGAUGAAUUUCCCUCUAUGUCUCCCUGCAGCAUAUUGGAGAAACUCCCCACAGUUCUUCCUCUGGGACCCAAGGUCAUCUAGUCUAGGCAUAGGCAACCUUCGGCCCUCCAGAUGUUUAAGCCUACAACUCCCCUGAUCCCUAGCUAACAGGACCAGUCGUCAAGGAUGAUGGGAAUUGUAGUCCAAAACAUCUGGAGGGCCGAAAAGUGCCUAUGCCUGAUCUAGUCCAACCCCCUGCAAUGCAGGAAUAAUGCCAAGAUAACCUUGUGAUACAGUGGUACCUUGGGUUACAGAUGCUUCAGGUUACAGACGCUUCAGGUUACAGACGCUUCAGGUUACAGACUCUGCUAACCCAGAAAUAGUGCUUCAGUUUAAGAACUUUGCUUCAGGAUGAGAACAGAAAUCGUACUCCGGCGGCGCAGCGGGAGGCCCCAUUAGCUAAAGUGGUACCUCAGGUUAAGAACAGUUUCAGGUUAAGAACGGACCUCCGGAACGAAUUAAGUACUUAACCUGAGGUACCACUGUAAUGUAUUCUCCCCACCCCCUCUAGCAGGAGUGUUUGUGCAGCCUUAUGAAACUUAAAACUUCUGAAAACUCGAUUCAAAAAACAUUUCUUCUUUUUUUCGAGGGAUUAAUUUCCCUCUAUGUCCCCCUGCAGCAUAUUGGAGUCACUCCCCACAGUUCUUCCUCUGGAAGCGGCUCCCAGUGAAGGCUCCUAGAACUGGAGGGUGGGGCAAGGCAGGGGGCAGCAAUGAAGGGGAACCUCCGGAAGGACCCGGGAAUGUGGGGCAGGGAGCAAGCAUAUGAUUCAGUUGCCUGUUAUUACUAAAACGCUCGAAAAAGGGAAAGAAAAAGCAACCCAGCUGGAAUUCUCAGACUAGCCGCCUGAGAAACGGUUUCUAUGCAAAUGCAAUUCUGGUUCUAAAGGCAGCAUAAGGGGUUUCUACAGUAUAGUGUAUUUUAAAAUAGGGUUUUAGAGUUUUUAGGGGUUUUUGAAUGUUUUAUGUAGUUUUUACAUAGUUUUGUGGUAGUUUUAUGUAUUUUUAAUGUAGUUUUAUGUAGUUUUGCAAUUUCAUUGUCCUGCAUGGGACAAUGACAAUAAAGAUCUAUCUAUCUAUCUAUCUAUCUAUCUAUCUAUCUAUCUAUCUAAUCUAUCUAAUUUUGUUUUCUUUUCAGGAUCAGAUCAGCAGCUGCCUAGACAACAUGAGAAAGGAGAGAAACAAAAUUCUGGUGUUUAAAGCAGAUGCAGAAAAGGAAAGCCAAGACCUGCUUGUAAGCAUCACUGUUUCUUGGAAGUGAAAAAGUGCUAUAGUCAGAAAACCUUUUCAGCAGGGGGCCGGUUCACUGUGCCUCAGAUCUUGUGGCAGGCCAAACUACACACAGACACACAGACACACACAUAUCUGGAGACUGAAAGGAGAUGCAAUCGGGGGUCGACCCCAGGCCUGGGUGACGGGGAUCCCGGUGAAGGGGGGCUUCACUUCCCCCCCUCUCCCCCAGCCCCUCUCCCUGCUUUCCUCCCUCCUCCGCCACUGCUCUCAGCUCUAGGCAGGGCGGAGAGAAGCCAAGAGGAGGCGCCACCGUGGUGUGUGUGAGGGAGGGGGAAAUGGUGCAGCCCAAAUGAUCAGAAUCAGAUCCACGCGGCGAUUCCCAGACCAUCCGCGGGCCCGAUCCAGAAGGCAGUUGGGCCGGAUCCGGCCCCUGGGCCUUAGUUUGCCUACCCAUGGUCUAGAAUCAGUAUGUGAGGAAACUGAAAUACAGGGCAUGAAAGACCAUUUGAAGGAGGGGGUGGGCUUGUAGAUUUUUAUGAAACUCUCUUCCUACUGCUGUGAUCUCUCUAAAAUGACAGACAUGCCCUUCCAAGUGAAUUCUGGUCUUUUUAUCAUGCAACAGCAGACUAGAUAUCUGAUGUAUUCUCUUCCUUUUCCUGUUUUUGCUGGUGCAGAAGCAAAUGCAAGCAGAGAGGGAAAAGAUGGUGGCUGAGUUCAGGCGACUGCACCAGUUUCUGGAAGAACAAGAGAAACGUAUUCUGGCCCAGAUGGCAGAGGUGGAGAAGGAGAUUGCAAAGAAAAGGGAGGAGCAGCUGGCCAGACUCUCCAGGGAACUCUCCUCUCUUGACAGCCUCAUCCGGGAGAUGGAGGAGAAGCUUCAGGAACCAGCGAGUGAACUCCUGCAGGUGAGGCGCGAGAGGGUGGAGUGUGCUGCUUCAGACUACAGGCAUUUCUUAGUCCUUCCCCACAUAAAAAUACUGUUGUAAGAGAAACAAACAAUACAUGAAUGCUAAAAGGUGUCAGCAUAGGAGCCAACUCUGAGGGGCUGAGGUCCCUUGGACGCCCCAGUAGAAUAUUUGAGGGGGCCAGACCCCCCAUAAAUAAUGGACACUUCUAUUGAAAUGGUGUGUUUGUACUGCAUCUUCUGAUUAUGUCCCCCCCCCAAAAAAAAUAUUUUGUUCAAGUUGUCACCCCUGAGCUGACAAGAAGGGCCCUGCUAGAUCAAACCACGGGCCCUUUCCUUUCUGCUUCCUGUACUCGCAUUGGCCAACGAAAGGUCUCUGGGAAGCCCACAAGCAACUAGAGCUCUGUAUUCAAUUAAUCUUUCCUCAGAGUAAACAAUUGAAAUUAAUGGGGAUUACUAUCUUAGGUUCAUUAAUUUCAGUGUGCCUGAGUAAAAGCAAGUUGAAUACAACCGAUACUGCCUCCAACACAGGCAUUCCAAAUUGGCACUGCAUCACUUUUUCAUUCAGAUGCUCUCUUGGGUCCAGCCAGAGAGGGGGUGACCUGUUGUUGUUGUUGUUGUUGUUGUUGUUGUUGUUAAAAUAAGUUUGUGUACCACCCUAUACCCACAGGUCUCAGGGUGGUUCCCAGGAUAUGAUUGAGUGUGGGAUGUACAUAGCAGUGAACCGAUUGGUCGCAGGUGAACACGGAACCAGCAUGCACUGCAGGGCAAAAUGGCAAAUCAGGGAGGUGGGACUGAAUCUCUCAGGUGUUUGGGUGACUUGGUCAAAAGAGAAGAAAGGGACCUUUUAUUAGUCAUCACUGGAGUGGCUGACUUUUGUCAUCUGAUGGUUAUUCCAAAAUUUUGUGGCACUGCGUAUUUUAUUGGGGGUCUUUGGUUUUGUGCUUGGCUAACCUCUCUCCACUUCAACUGCUUACCAUAGUAUUUAUAACUGACUGCAGAAAUGGCUCCACGGAUAUCUUUUUCUUUCUUUCCUUCCAGGAUACCAGAAGCUUCUUGCAGAGGUAAGUGAUGGAAAUCGGCUGCUUUAAGAUACUGUAUUGGGAAAGUUCGGGUGAAAAACGUCCAGAGUUCCAGUUCCUCCAUCCAGAAAUAGCUUAGGACUCCAUCGUCCAUUUCACAAAAUCACAAACAAAAAUAGGGACACGUUUUCACAGUCAUUUGUAGCAAUUGGUCUCAUCUAUAAACAUGGGAAGGAAGCUAUUCCCAUUACACAUCUCUGAAAGCCCUUCUCCGUGAUAGAUUCAUUUAUUCUGCAAUUGAUACAAAAAGCGGGGACAUCCCAAAGGUGCUUGUAAAUAUAUUCACUAUAAUUUACCCAUAAAUAUUUGACAUAUUUCAGGCUUCUGCAGGUUCUUCCUCAGACAUAAAAAUGUGAGAAAGGGCCCUGCUGGAUCUGGCCAGUGGCCCAUCUAGUCACCAUCCUGUUUUCACAGUGACUAAGCAGAUGCCAGUGCAAAACCCACAGCAGAGGACACUUCCCUCCUGUGGUUUCAGAGGCACCGAGGCCUUUGACCAGCCAUCGCGAAUAGCAGCCGCUGAGAGGCUUGUCCUCCAGACAACUACAAACCCUCCCAUGUUCAGAGCAUACUGCUUUACUUUUUAUUUUUUUGUCCAUUUGUAAAAUAUAACCACUGUGCUAAAACACAUUUAUAAUGUUAAUUGCAAAAGCCAUUCUAAAGCAUUCUGAACUUCCUUAUAUUUCAGAAAUGCACAUACCAAAUCUAUUUUAUUUUGCUCAUUAAUCACUUGAAAUGCCUCACUAAAUCUGGUGUAGUCUUAAAAUCUCUGCGUAAGGAUCCAGUAUGGUUCAUUUUUCUUCCAAAAAAAAUUGUGCAUAUAUCAGCUUCUUUAUCUUCAGUUUCCUCUUCAUAUAUUUCAUUCAAAAUGCUUUGAACGCAGGUGUGUCGGUUUUCCUUCAACUUCUUAGAUACUUUCUAGAUUCAGACAUCACCUUGAUGCUCCUUUUUGCCAUAGGAAGAACUCUGCUCCCAAGUCUUCAUGAUAUAUCCAUAGUGCCUUUAUCAUCAGGAUGAGACCCCUGCCUUGUCAGAAAGCUCCUUGUGUUGGAAGGAUGGAGGCUUGACUUCGUUCUUCUCCUCCCAGGUCUCAAGCGAAGGAGAACUUAGAGGCUCCUCCGGUGGCUUUUCCUCUUGUCCUGAAGUGGAGGAUCUGGGACUUUUGUGAUAUAAAUCCCUUCCUGGAGGGUGUCAUGAAGAAAUUGAGAGGUAGUAAAGAUGGGUUGAAAAUAUUUAAAAUUGUUCAUGAAAGGCUCCAGCUCACUAGCAGUGCCAGGAAAAUAGAAGGCUUAUUUAUUUUCUUUCAAUAUCUAAAAGCCACACUUUCAUAUGUAGAUGAUUCACAAAUGAUUUUACUUAGGCAAUUGAAAUGGACGGUAACUCCUUCUUGCUGGGCUCUGGAAGCUCCUGUGAGAUCUUGGGGGAGCCUCCCAGAUUCCAGUCAGCAAGGUAAAGGGCUUGAAAGUUCUUGCCAGGAAGGGUUUGGCCACCAUACAAAUCACUUUUAAGACCUCUGCCAUGUUUACAGGACUCUGAGAGGCUCCUGUGAAAUCUCAUGGGGCCGCCUUGGGAUCUCAGAUGGCAGCGGUGAUUUCGGGGUCAUUCUGACUUUGCACGAUUACAAGUUGUCUAUAAAAAGUUGUCGUUGACCUCUUCCCAUCUCUCAGUCAGGCCUUAGGUGCUUUCACGCAUCUCACCCAUUUCCCCAAGUAGCCUCACCUACAGGUUUUCGGGCAUCUCCUCUGUUCCUUUGGCCCUGAGAUUGAUGUAAGGGGGGCAGAAGGAGGGGGGCUGUCCAGGAGCCAGCCAGGAGCAGAGGGGACUGGGGUUGAGGCCUCCCAUCCUGCAACAGGGGUGUCUGGAUCUUGUUGCUGAUGGGUGAUCUUCUGGGGGUCCUGCUCCUCCUCCCAAGAUUUGGGCAGGCCUGAACCUUGACAUCACCACUGCCCUGUUCAUGCAGGGAUAGCCAGUAUGGAGAGCUUCAGAUAGCUUUAACUACAACUCCCAUAAUCUCCAGCUGGCGUGGCCAAUGGUUAGGGAGGAUGGGACUUGUAGUCCACAACACCUGGUUACAAUGUCAUGAGCUCAUAUUGUUCUUUCCAGAUUUGUUAUCUGAAUGAUGGUGUGAUGCUAAAUCUCUGUUCCCUUUUCUCUUCCAGACACUGUGGAAUAUGGGCUUAAGCUGCGAAAAGGUACAUUUAAUAAUAAUAAUAAUAAUAAUAAUAAUAAUAAUAAUAAUUUAUUCAUACCCCGCUCAUCUGGCUGAGUUUCUUCAGCCAUUUCUGAAUCAAACAGAGGCACUAAUUCAGGAGAGAUGGUAUCCGCUUCUCAAAAGACCAGGCCACUGCAGCUUUUCUGUCCAUGCAUUAUUUCCCCUUAUUUUCCAGAGCCAUCUGUUCCCUGAGAGCAGCUUGCUGGGCUAGAGGGGCUCUUGGCCUGAUCCUGCAGACUCUUAGGAAGCCCCCAGCCCAGGAUGGCUGGCUUUUCUGUGCCAAAUCUCCAUAAGACACAGGGCUGGUGUGAAGCAAAAGGCUCCUGGCACAUGAGGGGGAAAUAUCCCUUUGAUCCAUACCAGAUCCACACCCCUUUUAGGAGAGUUUAUGUAAGAGAAAGGUGUAAGAGUGGGAAAUGCAUGAGCACAAAUAGCUCAGAAAAUGGCUGCAACAGGCUUUGGGGGCUGGAAGGUAAAAGGGUUCUGGUGUCAGUGGAGGGAGGUGGGGGCUGCCUGAGUGUGAACUCCAGGGGUCCGGCUUCCCUGCAAGAUUGGGGGUCUUGUAUUGGAGCGGAGACAUGGCUUCUCUGCUAAAACAAGAGAAACUUGAGUAAACCUAAAAGAGCAGGGCAGAAUUGCACCACAGACCAGGGGAAAAGGCUCAAUGGGAAGACAGAAGUCCAGUCUGGCCUGAUCCUGGACACCACAAAAAGGGAAUCAUAAGAGCUGGAAAAGGUACAGCUGGUAUGGCUGGGAGGUUGCCUGCUCUUGAUGGGGUUACACUUCCUCUGAAGGAGCAGGUUUGUAGCUUGGGGUCCUCCUGGAUCCUUUGCUGUCACUCAAGGCUCAGGUGGCCUCAGUUGCCCAGAGUGCCUUCCUUCAGCUUUGGCUAGUGGUCCAGCUACGCCCCUAUCUGGACAGGGUUAGCCUAACUACUGUUGUCUAUGCUCUGAUAACCUCAAGGUUAGAUUAUUGCAAAGCAUUAUACGUAGGGCUGCCCCUGAAGACGGUUCAGAAAUUUAAGUUGGUGCCAAUUAGUUUCUGGGCCCAAUUCAAAGUGCUGGUUUUGACCUAUAAAGCCUUAAAUGGUUCAGGACCACAAUGUCUCAAGGACCGCCUCUUCCCACAUAAACUUUCCUGGACCCUGAGAUCAUCUUCCGAGGCCCUUCUUCGUGUGCCUCUUCCUCGAGGUUCAGAGGGUGGCAACACAAGAGCAAGGCCUUCUCUGCAGUGGCUCCCCAUCUGUGGAAUGCUCUCCCCGGGGAAGUUUGCCUAGCAUCUACAUUACACACCUUUAGGCGCCAGGCAACCAUGUUCCUUUUUAACAGGCCUUUGGUUGAUCUUAUUGAUAUCCAACACCCUUUUAGAAUGUGGGGUUUUUUGGGGGGGCGUUAUUGGGUUAUUGCUUUUGGUUUGAUUUUAUAUACAGUGGUACCUUGGUUUUGGAACACUUAGUUUAUAAACAACUUGGAAAAAGAACACUGCAAACCCGGAAGUAGGUGUUCCGGUUUGUGAAUUUUGCACAACGUGGAACCUUCUCCCUCGGAAGGGGGUGGGCUCUCCUUCCUUGGAGGUUUUUAAGCAGAGGUUGGACGGCCAUUUGUCAUGGGUGCUUUAGUUGAGAUUCCAGCAUUGCAGGGGGUUGGACUAGAUGACCCUUGGGGUCCCUUCCAAUACUAUGAUUCUUUGAUGUGCUGUCAUGAGUCCCAAGUAGGACAUUUCACACAGGGGGCGGGGUAACCUAACCACUUUCUUGCUUUUUAUGCACUACCUGGAAGGAUGGAGUAUAACAUACUUUAAAUAUACAACUGAAACCUGAAUGGUGGUUACAAGGCGGGCGAGAGCACCUGCUGCCAGAUUUACCUGGCAUGUCAAGCGUGGUCUGUAAUGUGAUGUGAGGUAAAAGAUUAAGAUGUGAAUUAGGGAGUCCCUAUUUUGACUCCCUUCUGCUAUGAACUGUGGGGGGUGGGGGUGGCCUUCGACAAGCCACUGUCUCUCAGCCUCAGUCCUCCCAUCUGAAAAAUGGGCAUAGUAAGAUUCACUUAACAUACAGGGUCGUUGCAAGGGUUAUCUGUAGAUAAUGUGCGCUAAGUACUUCAAACACUUGAAAGAACUGCAAAUGUUUCAAGAAACCUUACUAAGAACUUGAUGAACAUUCCUCUCUCGAAUGCAGAUCCAUGGAGUCCCUGUUCAUUUCAGAGGGGAUGCUAUUUCUGUCAUGUGCCUAAUGAAAAGUCAGGUUCCAGUUGACGUUGUUUUUCUUCUCUUUCCUCCUCUGCCCCCACAGAAAACGUAACUUUGGAUCCAGACACAGCAAAUCCCCGGCUCAUCCUGUCUGAGGAUCGCAAGAGUGUGAGAUGGGGGGAAGUCUAUCAAAACCUGCCAGACAACCCUGAGAGAUUUGACAUGCAUGGCUAUGUACUGGGAUGUGAGGGUUUCACAUCAGGCAGACAUUUCUGGGAGGUCACUGUGGGAAGAGAGGAGAGGAGGAAGUGGAUGGCUGCCCUAAAGCCUAUGAAGAGGAAGGGCCUUUUCUCUUUUGGUCCUAGCGGGGUAAAAGUGUGUCAAGAGCUGACAGACAUCCCUGAGAGAUUUGACAGACAUUUCUAUGUGCUGGGAAGUGAGGCGUUCAGGGAAGACGGGUGUUUCUGGGACGUCUUUGUGGGGAGCGAGGGGGAAUGGGCCGUGGGGGUGGCCAGAGAGUCUGUGAAGAGGAAAGGCAAGUUCACCGCUGGUCCUAAGGAAGGGAUCUGGCGCAUAGGGAAGUGGGGUGAUCAGUACAGGGUCUCCACCUUCGAUGGGCCCCCUGUUUCAAUGCUGGGUGGGGAGCCCAAGAGGAUCCGAGUGGCCCUGAACUGUGAAGGGGGACGGGUGUCCUUUUACGAUGCAGAUAGAGCAGCCCUUCUCCACUCAUUCUCAGCAGCCUCCUUCUCAGGAGAGACUCUCCAGCCCUUCUUUUACAUGUUCACCAAAGGCCACCUGACAGUCUCUUGA